UAAGCGCGAUAUCAGCUGUUACCCCGCUGCAGCAACCCAACAAACAAAACAAAAUAUUGGGGCGGAAAAUUCACUUCUCACCCGUUUUCCUUGGCUGGUAAAUGCCCCAACAAAUGGCCACCAACCGCUGGCAGAGUCGUUUGUUGCGUGUUCUCGUAAUGGCCAUCGCCGACCUCAAAUUCAAUCAAAAUAGAAUUUAAAUCAAAAACUAAGGAACGAAAUUCUACGUGUUUUGGUGCUGAAUCCCAAUUAAACCUAAGAAAAUCGUUCAAAUUGAGUGCAAUUAAGCAGCCAUUAAUUGUGAUUGUGAUUAAAUAGGCAAGCAGAAAUCAAAAGAAAGUGUUUCCCACAUUCCAGGCGCCAUAGGAAGAGUCGCCAAAGGAGUCUCCGUUUGAAUUUAACCGCAGAAACCAGGACACGAGACACUCCAGCGAGACACAGAGCCAAAGAUGUCGUCGGUUAAGGUGGCGGUGCGAGUGCGCCCCUUCAACUCGCGCGAAAUAGGCAGGGAGUCGAAAUGCAUCAUCGAGAUGACCGGGGCCACCACGGCCAUAACCAAUCCGAAGGUGCCGCCCAACACUAGUGAGGCGGUGAAGCGCUUCAACUUUGAUUACUCCUAUUGGUCCCAUGAUCCACGCGAUUCGGACUUCUCCACACAAACGAUGGUCUACAAGGACAUUGGCGAGGAGAUGCUGCAGCACUCCUUCGAUGGCUACAACGUGUGCAUCUUUGCCUACGGCCAGACCGGUGCCGGCAAGUCCUACACCAUGAUGGGCAGGCAGGAGGAGCAGCAGGAGGGCAUCAUUCCCAUGAUUUGCCAGGAUCUCUUCACUCGCAUACACGAUACCGAAACCGAUGAGCUCAAGUAUUCAGUUGAGGUCUCUUACAUGGAGAUCUAUUGCGAGCGGGUGCGGGAUCUGCUGAAUCCCAAGAACAAGGGUAAUUUGCGGGUGCGCGAGCAUCCAUUGCUGGGUCCUUAUGUCGAGGACCUGUCCAAGCUGGCAGUCACCGACUACCAGGACAUACACGACCUCAUCGAUGAGGGCAACAAGGCACGAACUGUGGCCGCCACCAACAUGAACGAGACGAGCUCUCGCUCCCAUGCCGUAUUCACCAUCUUCUUUACACAGCGUCGCCACGACACGAUGACCGACCUGACCACCGAGAAGGUCUCCAAGAUCAGCCUGGUGGAUCUGGCCGGCUCCGAGCGAGCCGAUUCGACUGGUGCGAAGGGCACCCGCUUGAAGGAGGGAGCCAACAUCAACAAAUCCCUGACCACCCUGGGAAAAGUCAUCUCCGCUCUGGCGGAAGUCUCUGCAUCCAAGAAGAAACACAACAAGAAGGCCGACUUUAUACCCUACCGCGACUCGGCCCUGACUUGGUUGCUGCGCGAGAAUCUGGGAGGAAACUCGAAGACGGCCAUGAUAGCGGCCAUCUCACCGGCGGACAUAAACUAUGACGAAACCUUAAGCACACUGCGGUAUGCGGAUCGGGCCAAGCAGAUCGUGUGCAAGGCUGUGGUCAACGAGGAUGCCAAUGCGAAGCUUAUCCGCGAACUUAAGGAGGAGAUACAGAAGCUGCGCGAUCUCCUGAAGGCCGAAGGCAUCGAAGUGCAGGAAGGACCCGAUGGCAAGGUGGUGUGCGAGAAGCGCGAUUCGAAUAAGGAUGAGCUGAACAAGUCGACGACGGGAAUCAAGUCGCCCUCGAAGUCUCGUAAUCGCAAUGGCUCCACCACGGAAAUGGCCGUGGAUCAGCUGCAGGCCAGCGAGAAGCUCAUCGCAGAACUCAAUGAAACCUGGGAGGAGAAGCUGAAGCGCACCGAGGAGAUACGCCUGCAGCGCGAGGCGGUCUUUGCCGAGAUGGGGGUGGCCGUCAAGGAGGAUGGCAUCACCGUGGGUGUGUUCUCUCCCAAGAAGACGCCGCAUCUGGUGAACUUGAACGAGGACCCCAAUCUGUCCGAGUGUCUGCUGUACUACAUCAAGGAUGGGCUAACCCGCCUGGGCACCCACGAGGCCAAUGUGCCGCAGGACAUCCAGCUGUCGGGGUCGCACAUCCUCAAGGAGCACUGCACCUUCGAGAACCGCAACAGCACCGUGACCCUGCUGCCCCACAAGGAUGCUAUCAUCUUUGUGAACGGACGCCAGCUGGUUGAACCGGAGGUGCUGAAGACCGGCUCGCGUGUCAUCCUGGGAAAGAAUCACGUUUUCCGCUUCACCAAUCCGGAGCAGGCACGCGAGCUGCGCGAGAAGAUCACCGAAAACGAGGCCGAGAACGAGGUGGAGAAGGCCGACGCCCCGCAGGUCGACUGGAACUUUGCCCAGUGCGAGCUGCUCGAGAAGCAGGGCAUCGACCUGAAGGCCGAGAUGAAGAAGCGGCUAGACAAUCUCGAGGAGCAGUACAAGCGCGAGAAGAUGCAGGCCGACCAGCAGUUUGAGGAGCAACGCAAGACCUACGAGGCCCGCAUCGAUGCUCUGCAGAAGCAGGUCGAGGAGCAGUCCAUGACCAUGUCCAUGUACAGCAGCUACUCUCCAGAGGAUUUCCACCAAGAGGAGGACGUCUACAACAAUCCCAUGUACGAGUCCUGCUGGACUGCCCGCGAGGCUGGGCUGGCGGCCUGGGCCUUCCGCAAGUGGCGCUACCAUCAGUUCACCUCGCUGCGCGAUGACCUCUGGGGCAAUGCCAUAUUCCUCAAGGAGGCCAAUGCCAUUUCCGUUGAGCUAAAGAAGAAGGUGCAAUUCCAGUUCACCCUCUUGACCGACACCCUGUACUCCCCCCUGCCACCCGAGCUGGCCUCGAGUGUGGCACCGCUGCAGCAGGAGGACGAGUUCGGAGCCCCGCCCGUGUCCAAGACCCUGGUGGCCGUAGAAGUCACGGACACCAAAAACGGAGCCACCCACUACUGGUCGCUGGAGAAGCUCCGAUAUCGCCUCGAACUGAUGCGACAGAUAUACAAUGUCGAGAGCCCGCCAUCAUCCAUGCUAUUCGAUACGUCCCGAAUCGAGGCCUAUAGCGGACCACAACCAGACGGCCACUGCCAAGGCCACGGCCAGACUCAGCUGCUGCUGCAAGUGGAGCCCAAUCCACAGCCUCCCGAAGCCGUGAAAAGAGCCAGCGAGAGAGCCUCACCAGCACGUCUGACAUUGGCCAAUCUGAUACCUUCUAGACAACGCCUGGAGCUGAUGCGCGAGAUGUACCACAACGAGGCGGAGAUGAGUCCCACCUCGCCGGACUACAACGUGGAGAGUCUCACCGGGGGCGAUCCGUUCUACGACCGCUUUCCCUGGUUCCGCAUGGUCGGACGCUCGUUCAUCUAUCUGAGCAACCUGCUGUAUCCCGUGCCGCUGGUCCACAAGGUGGCCAUUGUCAACGAGCGUGGGGAUGUGCGAGGCUACCUUAGGAUCGCCGUGCAGCCGGUGCUGGAUGAGGAGUCGAUCGACUUCAACAAUGGGGUCAAGCAGUCGGCCCGCUUGGUCUUCAACGAGGACGAUGCCAAGCCCAAGUAUCGAGCCCUUAACGAGAAGGACGACGUGCAGCGGUACAUCGAUAAUGGAGGACACGACAGCAAGCUGGAGGCAGAGCUCGAGGAUGUGGACUCGGGACGCGGCAUUGACUCGAACUCUGCCUCGGACUGCCCCGAGAACGCCGAAGAGCCGGGCGAGCAUCUGCAGGUGGGAAAGGAGUUCACCUUCCGCGUGACGGUACUCCAGGCCACUGGAAUUGGGGCCGAGUACGCAGACAUCUUCUGCCAGUUCAACUUCUUGCAUCGCCAUGAGGAAGCUUUCUCCACCGAGCCGGUCAAGAACUCGGCAUCGGGCGCCCCUCUGGGCUUCUACCAUGUUCAGAAUAUAACUGUGCCUGUGACCAAGUCCUUCAUCGAGUACUUGAAGACCCAACCGAUCAUGUUCAAGAUCUUUGGCCACUACCAGACGCAUCCCCUGCACAAGGAUGCCAAGCAGGACUUCGUGUCGCGGCCACCGCCUAGGCGAAUGCUGCCCCCGAGCAUACCCAUCAGUCAGCCGGUGCGCAGCCCCAAGUUUGGACCCCUGCCCUGUCCGCCCUCAUCCACGGUGCUGGCCAAGCACGAUGUGCUGGUGUGGUUCGAGAUUUGCGAGCUGGCACCCAACGGAGAGUAUGUGCCUUCGGUCGUGGAGCACAGCGAUGAUCUUCCUUGCCGCGGGCUGUUCCUGCUGCAUCAAGGCAUCCAGCGACGCAUUCGCAUCACCAUUGUGCACGAGCCCACACCUGAGGUCAAGUGGAAGGACAUCAACGAGCUGGUGGUAGGACGCAUACGCAACACUCCGGAGUCCUCGGACGAACAGGAUGAGGAUGCGUGCGUGCUGUCGCUGGGUCUGUUCCCCGGCGAAGUGCUGGACGUGCCCGGUGACGAUCGCUCCUUCUACCGCUUCGAGGCCGCCUGGGACUCAAGUCUCCACAACUCGGCGCUGCUCAAUCGCGUCUCACAGGGCGGCGAGACCAUCUACAUCACACUGAGCGCUUACUUGGAGCUGGAGAACUGCGCCCGCCCGGCCAUCGUCACGAAGGAUCUGAGCAUGGUAAUCUAUGGGCGCGACGCUCGCACCGGUCCCCGCUCCUUGAAGCACCUGUUCUCGGGCCAGUACCGCAAUCCGGAGGCCAACCGACUAUCCGGCGUCUACGAGCUGUCGCUGCGUAGAGCAUCCGAAGCAGGUAGUCCAGGUGUGCAGCGUCGUCAGCGUCGCGUGCUGGACACCAGCUCCACAUAUGUGCGUGGGGAGGAGAAUCUGCACGGCUGGCGGCCUCGCGGCGACUCGCUCAUAUUUGAUCAUCAGUGGGAGCUGGAGAAGCUGACGCGCCUCGAGGAGGUGGGACGAAUGCGGCACCUGCUGCUGUUGCGCGAGCGCCUGGGCAUGGACACCAACCCGAAUCCGACCACCAAAACGGAGAAGGAUGUCUGCAAUCUGGCUGCCCGUGCGGCCACCUCCCCCGUGCACAUGGUCAUUCCUCAAUCGCCACAGACGCCGGUCAAAGAUCCGCAGCAAAUCAUGCCAGAGCGCGAGUACAACCAACGGGAGCAGGAUCUCAUGCUCAAGUGCUUGAAGCUUGUGCAAGCUGGACGCUAUGCCAAGAACGAGGCUAAUGACACGCAGACCCAAUCGGAUGUCUCGCCCAGCGAUGAGGGCUGCGCCGACAUGACCGUCAGCUGCAUCUCCAGCAACUCCAUGGAAGACAACAAAUUUGUAAUUCGACGCAGGCUAUGCUCGCCGGAUAGGGCCGAUGCUCCGAAUGGCUGGGAGGCCCCUGCCCCGGCCACACAACCGGCUCUCCCGCUGCGGCUGUACGUGCCGGAGCUGGAGGAGAUUCGCGUCAGCCCUGUGGUGGCCCGCAAGGGCCUGCUGAAUGUCCUGGAACAUGGCGGCUCGGGCUGGAAGAAACGCUGGGUGACUGUGCGUCGUCCUUAUGUGUUUAUCUAUCGCUCGGAGAAGGACCCCGUUGAGCGGGCUGUCCUCAACUUGGCCACGGCCCAAGUGGAGUGCAGCGAGGAUCAGGCAGCCAUGGUCAAGAUACCCAACACAUUCAGUGUGGUGACUAAGCAUCGGGGUUAUCUGCUGCAGACACUCGGCGACAAGGAAGUGCACGACUGGCUCUAUGCCAUCAAUCCUCUUCUGGCUGGUCAGAUCAAAUCCCGCCUGGCGCGACGCACCUUGGAGCCGGCCAGCCAGACGGCUUCCCAGAUCCAGGCUAGCAGUGCCGCGAACGCGAACAGUGCGAACAAAUGAGAUACGAUCACGAUGGAGUCCGUUUUGGUUUACUGAGACGCAGGCUAUGGCUGGCUACAGCGCUUGAGCUUGGCCAGCCGAUUGAUCGGGCGGCGGCGGCAGCAGCUGUCCACCGAUUAAAAGCUGAAAGGAUUCCAUCGGGAUAGCAGGAGAUUUAUGUAGAGAUUGUAGAGCAAAAGCAAAAGCAAAGAGCAAACCAAAUGCAAAGCGUACGUAAUUAUUAAGUAGAGAAAGCAGCAAACCGACGGAUUAUUGUAUUUUGUAAUUAGUUGGCUCCGGCCGAAGGUACUAGAAGGCAGUAGAACGCUCCCAUCCCAUCCCGUACGAAGGCUGAUAGCCCUACUUCUGGAAACCCUUACACAUCCGAUUGAGUUUCGUGUUUUCUGGAGAUUUUUGUACAUAGCUUUAGUUCGUUUCGAUUGUAUAAAUAUUUGUUAAUUUAUUUCGGUUUUCACGUGAUAUUAUGUUGAUCGGUUAGAGUACUACAUAUAUGAUUAUUUCGAUUCAAUUAUGUGACUAUUGCGCAGUGCUUACAAUGCAUUUUAAUGGAGAAACACACACACAUACAGACACACAUCUAUAUAUACAUAUAUAUAGUAGGUAUAUAUAAAGAUUUAUUGUAUAAAACCUAUAUAUUUGCUGUGUAUACACAAAUUUUCAAGCAUAUAAUUGUAUCGCGUAUUGUUUAAACUUUAAAGGAAACGAAGCAAAAAGAAAAGUCAAGGCAAUCGAAUGCCGCAGAUAAAUAUUAUACCAAAAAAAUAUGUGUGUGUUAGCGAAAGACCGUACAGUAUAUAGGAUAUAGGCGUGCAUAAGCGAGGCAAAAGCUCAGCAGAAUUGCGAAAUCUCGAUUAACAUAACGACUACUUGUUAGAUCUAUAUAUACACAGAUAUAGAAAGAUAUAUUCAUAUAUAUGAAGCUAUUUUACACAGGAGUUAUGAAUCACUUGAAUGGCCCUGCUAUAUAUAUAUAUAUAUCUGUAAAAGUUGCCAUAUAACAUUUUUCAAGUGUUGACCGCUUUAAGGCUUUUCCCCAAAAAAAAAAAGACACAAUCACACAACCACAAAGCAGUUUUGUCGCUUCUCUAUGCUCCCACUCGGAACCACCUGCAAAGCUUCAAGCAACAAAUUAUGGAACAAAACCAAUUGUAGUUUUGAUAAAACAUAAUUUAAAUAUAAAAUUACGAGUAGUACGCCACGGCCACCUGUACAUUUCCCAGUAAGAAACUCAAACUGAAACUGAAACUUUUUGCUUUUCACACGCUAUACAAGAAAUGUCACUUGCAUUCUGCAUUCUGUAUUCUGCUUUCGGUUUAGAGCACGAGCUUAGGUCAGGUUAAUGGAUGAUAUUUAAUAUGGCAGACAAUAGGAGCUUCUCUUGUGCCCGGAUCACAAGUACGGAAGCUCCCUAUGUUGUCGAUGGAAGCGCUUUCCUUUGUGUCCUUCGGACACAGAGCGUUAAGCCUUCGUUAAGCUGGAGAUUGGAUCAAUCAAGUAUUCGAUUGGGAAUUGGAAAUGAAGCCGAGUUUGAACUUGAGUUUGUGUUUAUUGUAGCAAAAUGUAACAUUUGUUAACCUAUUGAAUUAAUUUCGAAUUGUAACAUAUUAGAGAAUUGUAAUUACAAUAACCAUUGUACGAGCAUAUAUACGUUACGAUACGAUAUCUAUGUAAUAUCCAACAAUAUUUUGGCCCCACAAAUUAAAAGGCACACAAUGCAACACA